ACGUUAUAAUGAAUUUUGUCCUUUCACUUUUUAUAUCUUUUUUAAGGACACACGGUUGAAAUUAUGAUGUAUAUUUUAAUUUACUACUAUUAUCGUUGAUUCGAGAUAUUUGUAACAAAAGUACUAUUUAUGCAACUUUAAAGUGAUCUUGAUGAUAUUUUCUUAUACACAACUGCAAGAAAAAUGAGUGGCGAAGAACGACUUGUUACAGAAAUUCCCAGUAGUCUAAAGCAGUUAGCACGUUUAGUAGUGCGUGGAUUUUAUACAAUAGAAGAUGCAUUGAUUGUUGAUAUGUUAGUUAGAAAUCCAUGUAUGAAAGAAGAUGACAUUUGUGAACUUCUAAAGUUUGAACGUAAAAUGUUGAGAGCUAGGAUAUCCACACUGCGUAAUGAUAAAUUCAUACAAGUAAGAUUAAAAAUGGAAACUGGUUCAGAUGGAAAAGCACAAAAAGUCAACUAUUAUUUUAUUAACUAUAAGACUUUUGUAAAUGUAGUAAAGUAUAAGUUAGACUUAAUGAGGAAAAGAAUGGAAACAGAAGAGAGGGAUGCUACCAGUAGGGCAAGUUUUAAAUGUACAAAUUGUUUGAAAACUUUCACAGAUCUUGAGGCAGAUCAAUUGUUUGAUAUGACUACUGGUGAAUUUAGAUGCACAUUUUGUCGCGAAGUAGUAGAAGAAGAUCAGUCCGCCCUUCCAAAGAAAGACUCGAGGCUGUUAUUAGCCAAGUUUAAUGAACAAUUGGAACCCCUUUAUAUUUUAUUAAGGGAAGUAGAAGGUAUCAAGUUGGCUCCUGAAAUAUUAGAACCAGAACCAGUCGAUAUUAAUACCAUUAGAGGUAUCGACACCAGGAAACCUAGUAGCCUGAGAGCACCUGGUGAACAAUGGUCUGGCGAAGCUACAAGGUCGGCUGGUUUUAUGGUAGAAGAUACCAGAGUGGAUGUUACGAUCGGCGAUGAAUCCGCUGACGAUAACGCAGCGAAUAGAAGAAAGGAAAGACCAAUUUGGAUGAUGGAAAGUACAGUUAUCAACUCUGACUCGCAGGCCGAUGGAGUCAACACACAGGAGAACAUUUUAGAUAAAGCCGCAGCCACUGCCACUAAUGCAACUAUGACGAAUAAUAAACAGGGUGAAGAUAUUAUGUCUGUAUUGCUAGCCCAUGAAAAGAAAGGAGGGACGAAUGCGGCGGCUGCUAUAAAAUCUGUAUUACCGCAAGAAUCUAGCGAUAGUAGCGAUAACGAAGAAGUCGCUGAAAUGCAAGCUAUCGAUACAGGAGAUGUAGAAACAAUGGAUUCGGAAGACGAUGAUCUUGUACCAACUGUAACUGUUGCGGGGAAAACUGUUGCCAUUGCAGACGUGAACGACACGUUAAUCGCAGAGAUGACACCCGUAGAAAAAGAAGCGUACAUUCAGGCAUAUCAAGAAUAUUAUUCUCACAUGUAUGACUAAACGAAGUACAGUCAACAUUGUUAAAUAGUUAACGAUGUUUCGCAAGACUGAACGGUUAUUGAAAUCCUGUACUAUUUUGUAUAGUCGUAAAAUAAAUAAUUUUCUGGGUUUGGUAAAAAUUUGCGAACGUUUAAUUUGAUCGAGAAGUUUUCUUCGAGUACUUUCUUGCAUUCGAUAAAUGAAAGAUUUCAAUUGGAAACUAGACUAAAUUAAAUGAACUCGAUGUGUCCGCAUUUUGCAAUGCUUAUAUUUUUCUUCUAAUAUACAGAUUAUAACUCAACAAUGCCAUCAGUUUGUAAUAAAUGAACAUUUACAGACACGUUAUAAUCACAAUAAAUCAAAAUUAAUAGCAUACAUGUCACUUCUGGUAAGGCG